AUGUUUCAUCGUGCCAGGUGCUUUGGCUCUUUGCUUCCAUUAGCAAGACACAGACUUCAAACUCAAAAUAGGAACGCUUUCCUUUAUUCAAGACCAUUCUUGGCAUCUCCCUACUCUUCCUUCAGCAAAUUUGCGUAUACAGCACCACGCAUUUUGUCGUUCGGUAAAAUUUUCCUUGGGACCUCUGGAAUUCUCGUAGCGUUUGUUUCAUUAAAAGUCAACCAAUUUCUUGAGUGGUCAAAAGAUUCAUUUUUCAACAUUAUUAUCUAUGCAGUCGACACUGUUGAUGGCCUUUCUUCCUUAGGAACUCGCAUUCUUGACUGGCUACCUUCAGGAACAUGGGUCCCUGCUACCAAAGCAUCACCCAAAUAUACACACCCCGGGGAAACAUCAAAAACCGGUGGUUCCGUGGACCUUAUCACUUCUUCUGAUCCUGCAGAAUUUUCGCCCCUUAUUAGGCAACUGCUUGAGGUUCAGUUGAUUCUGCGCGCUCAUGGUUUGGAGGAUCGCCUAUCUCUUCCUAGCGUUGUAGUUCUUGGUGGCCAAAGUGCUGGAAAGAGUAGUGUCCUAGAGGCCUUAAUUGGUCACUCUUUUCUUCCUAAAGGCGGUGCGGCCAUGGUAACCAGGCGUCCUCUUCACUUGAGGCUCGUCCACGAUCCAACAUGUUUGCGCCCCUUUGCCAUGUUUGAGGGAAAUUCUUCAUCCAACCACACCUCGUCGUCCAUUGGGCCCCUGUAUGCGAUGGAACAUGUUGAAGCUAUGCUUAGAGCCUUGAAUGCAGCGGUGGACGACACCGUUGGAGUUGAUGAAACGCCAAUUUACCUGUCACUGCAUGCCUCAAAUUUGCCGGAUCUUUCACUCGUUGAUCUCCCAGGAUUUAUUCAGGUCUCAUCCCGUCACCAGGCGCCGCAGCUUCGCGAGCGCAUACAGAAGCUUGCUGAUCGCUACACUCAGGCGCCAAAUGUUCUUCUUGCUGUUUCUUCAGCUGACGUGGAUCUUGCCAAUAGUGAAGCCCUUAAGGCAGCCAGGGAAGCCGACCCCCAAGGACUUAGGACAAUUGGGGUUCUUAGCAAGCUUGAUUUAAUCUCCAAAGACCCUGGACAAGCAAUGGAGAUGCUUUCACACGACACCAUUGAUUAUCCCCUCCCCAUGGGGUAUGUUGGGCUUUGGGCUGCCAAUUCUGGCGAGUCAAAGAUUCCUAGUGGUGGAAUUUCUCUCCUCAAAGCUAGGCUUGUUGGAGCGCUUGAAAAGGCCAUGCUUUCUCGAAUUCAAGACCUGUAUGUGGGUGUUUCUGACGAACUUUCCGAAGUCGAAUUGGCGAUGCGCGUCCAGUUUGAUGAUGACCGUCGAGUGUCUCCAGACGCGUAUCUGGCGAAAAUUAUAUCUUCCACGGCUGCAAAGGUGGAAUCCUUGGCAUCAACGUCAUUUUCGCGUGCCACCCUUGAGAGCGCCCUUUUGGAAGCCGUGAGAGCUGGCCAGGCAUCUUCGACGCUUGAUGGUUCCGUCAAGGAAAGGAUCUCCUCCGGUUCUCAUUUGGCUUCAGAAAUAUCGACGCUAACACGCUCCCACAUCGGAAAAGCUUCAAUGAACCAUAUCAAGGCUGUGUUGACAAAUCACGUCGAGGAGCUCUCAAAAAAAGACCCGCUUUUCAAGCUCCAUCCAAGUCUUUCUUUGGCCGCAUCUUCUGCCUGUGAAUCUCUGCUUGCAUCAAAGCUUGGCCCCUUGACGCUCUCUGUAGAGGCGGCUGUAAAGCCUUUUCGUCGAGGGACAGACUUUUCUUCUCAGGAAUGGAAAAAAUCUAGAACAGAUCUUCUUCAAAAUCUUCAUCGGCGUCUGGAUGGUAUUGAGUCUCGUUUGAACACGCUGGCCAGUGAAGUUGGAGGGCUCCGAAGGCUUCGAGCAGCUAUUUCUGCUCUUCCUGGUGCCAAAAAUGAGAUAAACAUCCAUGGCCAAGGGCAUUCAUCAGCUACUUUGCCAUCAAACGCUUCUGGUCGCCACACCAGAGAGUCCACCUCUUUUCCUCUUUCUUCGUUUGUAGCCGAAUGUGCAACUGAGGCAGCUCUUCUGUUUUCUGAAAAGGAUAUUUUGGAUCGACGCAUUUCGUUUCUUGAAAAGUCUUCUUCUUGUGGUGGCGCAAUAACAUCAUCUUCAAAUGGUGGUACCUGGCUGUGGCCUUUUUGGGGGGGAUCCACUGCGGUUUCUGAAGAAAGUUCACCAUUGACCGGAAAUCUUCAACGUAUGACACAGUGUCCAGAUGUUUAUUUAAACCUUCUUGCAGCCCGCCUUGCAGACACGGCAGCCCUUUAUCUGCAUCAUGAAAUUGUGAACUCAGUGCUCGGGGCUUUUGGGGAGCAGUUGACAGCGUCUGUUAUUUUCCCAUCCGAGCCAUCUGAUUUGCCAGAAAAGCGAAUUUGUGGCCGCGCCUCGUCAAUGUCUUCUUCACAACUUGUGCCUGGAAGCCAAUCCUUUUCUGCUGCUGCUCUUCGCUUUGCACAGGAAAACCCGGAGCUUGCCAUCCAGCUCCAGAUGCAAGCACGCAGAGAUGCCCUCACCGAUGUGAGGGAUCGUCUCUCUUAUUUCAUAUUGACUCAAUCUUCUCAAAAGUAG